AGUUGCUGGUAGUAUGACGAUUUCCCACCAGGCCCACUCCCACCUGACACUCGUCGUAAACUGUACACAGUACACACACAUACACGCAAAUACUAUACGGGUUGGCUUAGUGCCCUAGUCAACUAUAUGGCCGAGAGAGUCCGAGUGCCUGACAGGUAAUCAGAAUCGACCAUAGGUAACGUAUAAAUCGACGAUCGAAGUCUAGAGUGCUUGACAAUCUCGUAAAACGAUUUUAAGACCUCUCGCCGUUCUUCUCUUGGCUCGAAAAACUCGUAGUUGGGAAUGUUCGCGACAUAGCGUUGCUGAGUGCAUCCAAUAUACCUACCUACCUACUGUGGUGGUUCCCGAAAAGAGACACUAAUUUUAAAUCCGUUUGUUGACAGACAGCAAUUUUUUCAACGUUGACAAUCAUGUCGUUACUCAAAUGGUAUGAAGGUGAUUCCAAAGCAGCACUACAGCAGAUGAUGGACAGAAAUUGCGCGCUUUUGAUGUAUAUAGGAAAUGGAAAUGAUGAUCUUAUAAAGAUUUUUGAUGAUACAAAUAUCAUUCAAUCGCUGAAUAAUGAACUCAUUUUAUGUUAUAAAAUGGAUCCACUGAGUCCAAGUUUUAAAAAUUUUAAAGCUAUUUUCGACAAUGUUGUUGUUCCUUCGAUUUAUUUAUUAGAAAAAAAUAAUUCUCAACAAUAUAUCAUAAACAAAAAACAAGUUUUUACAAAUCCUAAUGAUAUUCAACUGGAUUUAAAACUGCAAUUGUUGAAUGCUAUUCAAUGUAUUAUGAAAGAUAUUUCUGACACAAUCAAUGUUGAUGACAGUAAACAGAAAUAUUUACAAUAUUUGACUGAUAUUACUAACAAGUUGCGUGUCUUUGAUAGUCCUAAUAUAAAUUCUGGUGUCAAAAAAGUUGCAGAAGAAAUUAAAAAAUCUAAUGGUACUACAAAAAUUAAAUUCAAAGUUCCAUGUAAAGAUGCUACAAUAGUCAAAGAAUUUCAAACAAGUUCUUUAUUCAGAGAUAUCGCAUUUUAUAUAGUAAAUAAAGUAAAUCUAACAAGAAGACGUAUAAAAUUUAUAGCUCAUCGACAAUUUAAUGAUGAAGAUUUUGACCAAACAUUAGAUGCAUUAAAUUUGUGUCCAUCAUCAACUAUUUAUGUACAUAUAGAUAAGGAAGAAUCAAAUCAGUGGCUGUACUCCAUACUCAAUUAUCAAUCUUGGCUUGGAAAUGUACUUCAUUUUACCAUUAUCAACCCGUUUAAUUUUAUUCAGCAUUUUUUAAUGAGUUUUGUGAGACCAUCGCCACCUGUUGAAGCGCCAAGAACGAUUAAUUAUCAUUUUAAAAAUAAAAAGCAAACUGUCAAAAAGUCAAAAUACAAAUCAGUUUCAAACAUCCAUACAUUGAAUACUAAGAACUCUGAUGAUGAUGAAAACAAUACAUACAAUGGAAACUCUACACAACAAUUAUAACUUUAGUGUCUUAUAAACUUAAACAAUUUAUGUUUGUAAAAACCAUUGUAUUUUAUUUUUUGACUAUUUAUUGUAGUAGUUUAUUUACUUUUAUGAUUAAACAUAAUUAGUUCUUGAUCA